GAGUGGGCGGAACAGAAGGAGGAAGUCUUUGAGCUGAGACUGCCCUAACUUCCCUUGGAGCUGAAAUCUCUUUCCUUCCCUCCAGCCAGGGUCGCUCUGCCUUCUUUUGGAUCUGAGACCACUCUGCCUUCUGGAGGCCAGCUCUGUGCUUGCAGGUCCCAGGGUGGAGUCUUUCUCCUGAGGGCAGGGCCUGGGCCUUUGUGACUCCUGUGGAGCCUCACUCUAGUAAAUCCCUGUAGACCUGCCUGCUGCCUAGGAAGAGAAGAGCAAGACCUCUCCCCCUCUGGGAUCCUUCUCCCUGCCCAGCUCAGUCUGCAGAGGACCAAGACCUGGCCCCAGCAGGGAGCCUGGAGCCAGAGGGAAUGGCCCCUGGGAGCAGCAGCCCUCCUCCCCAGGGGUUGGUGACAUUCAAGGAUGUGGCUGUGGACUUCACCCAGGAGGAAUGGGGCCUCUUGGACCAUCCUCAGAAGGAGUUGUACAAGGGGGUCAUGCUGGAGAACGCCCGGAACCUGCUCUCCCUGGGGCUUCCAGUUCCCAGAGAAGACAUGAUCUCUUAUUUGGAGCAAAGGGAAGCCCCAUGGAUGCUGGAGCAAGAAGGCCUGAGGAACUGCUGUCCAGAAGGAGAGAUCAGACUGGAAAUGAAGGAAAUCAUGGAAGAGCUAAGCCUUUCUGUGGAAGAAACUCACAAACAAAGAUUCAUGAGUGAUGGUCCCUCUGACUGCAGUUGGAGAGAAGUCUGCACAACACCUGAGAGUAUCCACACUGGAGAGAAAUAUUAUGCCUGUAAACAGUGUGGAAAGGGUUUUGCCAAGAGGAGAUAUCUUAUUGCACAUCAGAGAAUACACACUGGAGAGAAACCUUAUGAGUGUAAGCAGUGUGGAAAGGCUUUUAAAAAGAGGGCACAUCUUAUUGUACAUCAGAGAACCCACACUGUAGAGAAACCUUAUACAUGUUAUCAAUGUGGAAAGUCUUUUACGUGGAAGGAUGGUCUUCUUCAACAUCAGAGGAUCCACACUGGAGAGAAACCUUAUAAAUGUAAUCAAUGUGGAAAGACUUUUACAUGGAAGGACAGUCUUGUAAAACAUGAGAGAAUCCACACUGGAGAGAAACCUUAUGACUGUAAUCAAUGUGGAAAGACUUUUAGAGUAAGGAGAACUCUUAGUGUACAUCAGAGAAUCCAUACUAGAGAGAAACUUUAUGACUAUAAUCAGUAUGAAAAGGCUUUCAGUAGUCUAAAGAAUAUUGGUGGAACUCAGAGGAUCCACACUGGAGAGAAACCUUAUGAAUGUAGCCAAUGUGGAAAGACUUUUACAUGGAAGAAUGGUCUUAUUCAGCAUCAGAGGAUCCAUACUGGAGAGAAACCUUAUAAAUGUAAUCAAUGUGAAAAGGCUUUUAAACAGAAAGCUCAUCUUAUUGUGCAUCAGAGAAUCCACACUGGAGAGAAACCUUAUGAAUGUAAUCAGUGUGGAAAGACUUUUACAUGGAAGAGUGGUCUUAUUCAACAUCAGAGGAUCCAUACGAGAGAGAAACUUUAUGACUGUAAUCAAUGUGGAAAGACUUUUACAUGGAAGGACAGUCUUGUUAAACAUCAAAGAAUCCACACUGUACAGAAACCUUAUGACUGUAAACAAUGUGGAAAGGCUUUUAAAUGGUGUACCAGUCUUACUCUACAUCAGAGAAUCCACACUGGAGGGAAACCUUAAGAAUGUAAUCAUCAUGGUAAAGCAUUCAGGCUAAAGUCAGUCCUUGUAUGCCAUCAGAGAAUUCAUGGGAGAUAAAGGAAUCUUCUAACUGACCUGAAUGAGGAAAAACAUUGAAAUGGAAUACAGAGCUUCCUAGCAGAAAAUUCACUCUGGGUACAAGUCAUCUAUGGACUCAGUAUGGGAAGGCUUUCAGCCAGACAUCAUCUCUUAUCCUCUCAUCAGAGGAUUUAUAAUGAAAAGAAACCUUAUGAAUGUGCUCAGUGGGACAUGCCUUUCUCUAGAACAUGGAGGUCACAGGUGAAGGUUAAAUUUUGUGUCUGACUAUGACAGAAAGAUGCCAUGAGGAAAAUAAUUCAUGCUGCCCCUCCAGGUUGCAAAACCAAAAAAGGAGGGGAUAGUUUGAUAAACUGCAGAACUAUGUGAGAGAAUCCAUAUGGAUGUUCUCAGAAAUAGAAUGUCUUCAGAAUAAGGAAAAUACUUUUUAUCAAUAUUAUGUCAACUGGAGAACAAUCUUUGAAGAAGGGAAGAAAUCAGAUUUGUUUGAUGAAGGAUAUAAAAACUGGAGCAAUUUACAGGAAUGUUGUGUUCUCCCACAGGCCACCUACAUGCAUGUAUUGAGACUACAUCGAAGCCACUGCACAUGACAGUCAAGAAACUUCUCAUUAAGUUCAGAUUGUUUCAGCCUCCUGAUUUUGGUGAUCCAACAAUCAUGGUGAGGCAGAGUUUCCCCUGAUGGACUUGAGGCAGAGCAGAGCCAUUGUGUGAACAAAGCAGCAGCUUCUAGGCAGGCAAGAGGCCUUGCAAUCUCUAUCUACAGUUUCCCAUGGUUGCUCCUCCUCUCACAGCCUAGAAGGGAAGGCUAAAGGAACUCAGUUCCAUAUCAGAGGCAUCUGGGCUGCGCAUCAUAUGCUCUAGACAAAUCAAUGAAGGUCUCAGGUCUUGAUGAUAGCACCGUCCUCAGAGUGAUGAUUUCCAGUGCAGAAACCAACAGGUUGGACAUGAGGAAGCAAUUCAAGAGGCAUUAUGGGAAGUCUCUAUAUUCUCUCAUCAAGGGAAAUCAGAAGAGUCUUUGCUUUGCCAGGAAAGACAAGCAUUGAUAGGAAGAAAGGUUUCUAAUGAAAUUCAUUUGGAUGCUAAUGAGGACCCAAGCCAACUUCUGGUUCCCUUGUCACUGAAUUAAUCAGAGAAUCUUGAUUUGGAAGGGCCUUCAGAGGCCAUCUAGGCCAGAUUUAUACUUGCAGAGGCAUCUCUUUGAAAUCAUUUCUUCUUGAAGACCAGCUAGGAAGGUAGCCCCUUACUGCAGUACUUUUCAUCACAUCAGGCUGAAAUUGGCAUCUUGCAGCUUACCCUCAUUGGUCCUAGGUGUUCCUUUCUUCUUUGAAUGUAAAGGCAUUAAAACAAAGAGGAAAAAUAAUUAGGCAGAGAAUACUGGGAGAAGGUGUAGUGGUGCUGGUGUCAUCCAUAAUUAGCCUGUUCUAGAAAUAACCCCAUGGGAACAGAAAGGAAGGGGAAAUCAAAGAUUGCUUAUAUAAUAGAAAGCUUCUUAGGCAUAUUGGAUCCUUACUUUCCACCUGUUCACCUUCAUGAAAGGCAAUAUGGUGGAGUGGAAAGAGUACUAGAUUUAGAGUCACAGGACGUGGAUUGAAAUUCUUCUGGUUCUGUGCCUUUGUGGCUUUGGAAAGUAAUUUAGCUUAACUGGGUCUCGGUUCCCUCUUCUGAAAAACUGAGGAUAUUAGACUAGGUGACCACUAAGGUCACUUCCAGCUCUAGAUCGUUUGAUCCUGUGGAUCUGAGAAGCCAAAGGGGAGCUUAAAGAUGAACCAGCCACCUCACUGCUACUUACUGCAGGGCUUAGGUUAGGAAUAAUGGCUCAGAUGACUUCAGUAAGCCUCCUGGGCAUGACUGGCAAUUUGGAGAGGCACUAAGGUCUCUUCCGACUCUAGAUCCUGUGGAUCUGAGAAGCCAAAGGGGAGCUUAAAGAUGAACCAGCCACCUCACUGCUACUUACUGCUGGGCUUAGGUUAGGGAUAAUGGCUCAGAUGACUUCAGUAAGCCUCCUGGGCAUGACUGGCAAUUUGGAGAGGCAGCACCAUGGGGAGUUUUAAACCUAGGUCUCUGUUGAGUUAGUAAACUUGCAUAUCAUUCCUACCUGAGCAGCUCUUUCUGUGCAACCAGUGAAGUGUGUUUCUUCACAUAUUUAUUCAGGUAGAAAAUAUCUUUCAUUGUGAUGCUUUUAAAAAUGAAAGAUUUCCAACUCUGAGGUUAAUCCAUCCAUCAGGUUGGCAGAGAUGACAACAGACAGAUAUAGCAUUAGGGGGCUGUAGAAUUAGAAACACAGUAACACACCAUAUGUGCUUGUGAAUUGGUCCAACUAGUCUGGAAGGUCAUUGGGAAUUCUGAUUUAUUAAAAGGUCAUCAAAUGCCCGUACUUUGUGACACAGAGACCCCACUGCAAGGCAGAAACUCCCAGGAAGUCAAAGAAAGGUUCUGUCUACACUAAAAUAUUCAUUGCAGUGCUUUUGUUGUAGCAAAAAAUGAGGUAAAUGCAAAAGAGAAACCAAAGAAGUGCUCAUCAAUUGGAGAAUGUCCAAACCGAUUGUGGUACACGAACAUAUUGGAAUACUACUGUGCCAUAAGAAACAGUGGAUAGUAAGAAUUCAGAGAAACUGGGGAAUAUCUAAAUGAACUGAGACAUACUGAAAUAAGCAAAACCAGGAAAAAUACCAUACACUGCAACUCUCGCAAAUACUCCAAUGACCAGAUCUGGGAUCUCUUCAAUGUGGAAGUUCCUUCCAGCAAUUUAGAUCUCAAACCAUCCAUGUCUAUCUCUCCAUUCUGUGUGACUCUUGCCUAUGUCCUCCCAUAAGUGCAUUGCAGAGGAUCCAUCCAUUGUGAUGAAGUCCUUCCGUACUUUCUCCUGACAUCACAAGGGGACUUGUAAAGUAUUCUUCCUGCCCACCCAGCAGCAGCAGCCCCCUUCCUUACAUGUGACCAGUUUGCUUUCUCAUCUUAUACAUUUCCUUAAUGAGAAGAAUAAGAAAUGUAGAUUAUCCCAAGAGAGCAAAAGAGCUCAGAAAGUACAUUGAGCAGUAAACAUCUGACUUCCUUAACAAAUGAGAAAUUUAGCUGUCAAAAUGGAAAUCAAACUGGAUGAUAAAUUACUUUAUAAAAUGUUAAAAUUUUGUAAUCUGUGUUUGCUAACAAUGGUGGAACCAGGGCUUUGGGACCCUAAAAUCUGUCAGGUGUGGAUACGUUUACAGAUUUGGUAGAAAUGGGAGGCCAUUACCAGUUGUCUUGUCCUAGGUCUUGUCACUGGACAGUGGAGGAGAAAGUGAGGCUGAUGACUUUGCACACUGGCUCACUUUAGGUCCAACUCAUUUGCAAGUCAAAACAUCACCCUCCCCCCAAUGUCAUUGUUAAUCUUCCAGAACAAAGGCCAAAAAUCACAAUCUGGGUGAAGAAGCUCCUGAGUUCAAAAGUUGUGUUCCUCUCUCAGUUAAAUGCAAAAGUUUGGUUUUCCCAUCAUUCACUUUUAAUUGAAGAAAAACUCUGAGCCAAGUUUAAAAGUGCAGUGCUCUCUCAAAACACUUUACUUCAAAAGGAAUUAUUAUCUCAGCACCAGCUGCCAAUCCCUUUGUGCCAGGGAAAUGUGUCAUCUUCUAGUUUAAGUAUCCUGAUUCAAUUCUAGGCCAGGAUGAUACCAUUCCUGGAAAUAUUGUCUCUAGGUGUUUUUGUACAGUUAGAGAAAGUGGAAAGUAUCAGCCUUUUCAAGAUGAAAUGAGGGACUGUUCCCAGCCCACAUUUCAGACUUUCAGCCCAUCAUAUUCUUCCUGCCCACAUGAUACUUUAACCAUUUAUAUUGUUUUCCCUACCUACCAACUUCUGUUCUUUGUUCUAUCUUUAAAGAUGGGGAACUGCCUCUCCUCUUCCAGGACUUGGAGCUGGAUGGGGAAAACCAUUUUCCCCCUUAUUAGUAAAUUCAUGUUCACUAAUGAACUGCUAGUGCGCAGAGCUUUGUACCUCAGUUGGCU